GAGAGAAAAUGGCAAUGGCAGUUUGUAGGACAGCCGUUUGCUAAGAGGUGGGAACUAUAAAGGUGAAGGAAAGGAACAUGAACAGAGCGAUAAAGGCAGUGAGAGAUUGAAGAGCCAAAAGAACGUGAGAAAAAGCAGAAAGGAAAAACAGGAGGUGAGAGGAAUUAAAGGGAAGAGGCAGAAAGAAAGGAGUUAAAGAGCAACAGAAGCGACAGUAGAUUGACCUGUCACCAUGACAACAGAAGUGGGAUCUGAGACAGAGGUGAAGGAGAAAGCAGAGGAGUCAGCUGCUCAGCCGGACCAAUCAGAGAAGGCAACAGAAGAAACCCAGGAAGUAGCGAGUGCGGAGGGUGACGAGAAGGAGAAAGAAAAGGAGAAGGAGAAAGAGGGGAAAGGAAUAUCUCGAUACCUGCCAACAUGGCUUAAGAAGCAGAAGUCUCAAAGCCAGACCUCUCCAACCAAGGAGGUGCCACCCACAGAGGAAGCCAGUAACACGGUGGAACAGGAAGAGGAGGGGCCUGCCCCAGAAGUAAACGGUCACGCAGAGGAAGUGGAAGAGAAGGAGGCAGUAAAGUCGGAGCAAGUGAAAGAACAAGAAAUAGAAUCUCAUUCCAACGCCAGUGCAGACACUGAGCCUGCCAAGGAAGAGAAGGCGGACGAGAGUGCGGAGAAAAGUCCUGAAGAGACCAAGGAGACAACAGAGGGAGAGGUCGCAGAGGAGGAGAAGAAGGAGCAGGAAGGAGAGGUGCAAGGUGAAGGAGAGGAAGGCCAAACCUCCAUUUUUCAGUCGCCUCUUCGUCUGGUGAGGAAGACCAAGAUGAAACUGGUGGUCUGUCAUGUGAGCCUACUGGAUGGGACUGACUUCACCUGUGAGGUGGAGAAACGUGCAAAGGGCCAGUACUUAUUCUUUAAGGUGUGUGAGCAUCUUAAUCUACUGGAAAAAGACUACUUUGGACUGACGUAUAAGGACAGCCAUGAACAGAAGUGUUGGUUGGAUCCCACUAAGGAAAUCAAGCGGCAGAUACGUAGUAACAACUGGCAGUUUUCAUUCAAUGUCAAGUUCUACCCUCCAGACCCCUCACUGCUCACUGAAGACAUUACCAGGUACCUGUUGUGUCUGCAGCUCCGUGAAGAUGUGGCUUCUGGUCGACUGCCUUGCUCAUUCGUUACUCACGCCCUGCUGGGGUCAUACACGUUGCAGGCAGAAUUUGGUGACUAUGAACCGGACCAGCCUCGGCCUCUGGACAACAUCGGCCAGCUCAUCUUUGCGCCCAAUCAGAACAAAGAGAUGGAGGAGAAGAUAUUUGAACUCCACAAGUCUCACAGGGGAAUGACACCUGCACAGGCUGAUGCCCAGUUUCUAGAAAAUGCCAAGAAACUAUCCAUGUACGGGGUGGACCUACACCAUGCUAAAGAUUCUGAAGGUGUGGACAUCAUGCUAGGUGUGUGUGCCAACGGACUCCUGGUUUACAAAGACAGACUUCGGAUAAAUCGUUUUGCCUGGCCCAAAAUACUUAAGAUUUCCUACAAGAGGAACAACUUCUACAUCAAGAUCAGACCAGGAGAGACGGAGCAGUUUGAGAGCACGGUGGGAUUCAAACUCCAGAACCAUCGAUCUGCCAAAAAGCUGUGGAAAGUCUGCGUUGAGAAUCACAGUUUCUUCAGGUUAAACGCACCAGAGCCUCCUACCAAGGCCCGCUUCUUGACUCUGGGCUCCAAGUUCCGCUACAGCGGACGUACCCAGGCCCAGACCCGCGUGGCCAGCUCCCUCAUAGACCGACCUGCACCCAACUUUGAGCGCACCUCAUCGAAACGCAUCAGCCGCAGUCUGGACGGAGCACCCAUGAUCAGCAUAACUGAGGCUGGCAGGGACACAGCUGAGAAUGGACGCGAGCUGCACCUGGAGCUCCACUCUGAUUCAAAGGUUAAGGAGGUGGACUUAAGCCCUGGUGAUGUUGAAGCCACAUCUGCCCAGAGUCCAUUGAGAGUGCAUGGGGACAAUAUUUAUGUGAGGCACAGUAAUUUAAUGUUGGAGGACCAUGAUAAGACCCAAGACGAGGUUCUGAAACAUCAAGCUAGCAUUAGCCAGCUAAAACGCUCCUUUAUGGAGGCGCCACCUCCCUCUCCUCCUCAGCUCAACCAGUGGGAGAAACGUCUCACCUCCUCCCCCGCCACAGCAAUACGUAUUCAACAGCAACAAGUGGUGAAUGUGCCCGAUGUGGAAGCGGCUGCAGCUGAUAGUUCGAUCUCUGAUACCAAAGAACCUGCAAAGACGGCCGAAGUCGAAAUCGAAGAAACCGUUGUCGUGGAAGAGGUUUCCAAAGCAACCAAACCCGGAUUUGUCACAGUUACAACCAGUUCUCCUGCUGUCCCAACCACAGACCAGGAAACAAGAGAACAGGAAGUGAAGGUUGAGGAAAAAGUAGUGGUGACACAGGAAGCUAAAGCGGUGAAGCAGGAGAGCGUUUCAUCUGAAAGCGAGAGCGAGGAAGAAGCAGAGUACCACCCAAAUGUCCCUGUGUCCAUCUCUCAUACACAAAUACUGGAGGAGAAAGAAGAAGAGGAGGAAGAGCAGGUUGACAAACAGGAGGACAAGACGACGGAGCAGGAUACUCCAGAAGUUUCCUCCACGCCGGCUGAAAUCACUCAGCCUGCAGAAGAAACCAGCCGAGCGGUAGAGGAGUCAGAGGCAGUGAACAAGAACGCUGAGGAGAAAGAAGGUGAGAAGGAGGCGGAGGAAAGCACAGACGAUCCGAUGACAACAACCAACGAGGCUCCUAAUGGCUUCUCCCCGACUGAGGAAGCCGUGAGCGGGUUGGCCACCCACGCUGAAGUAGAGGACGAGCCCAAAAUGAACGGACAAGCCUCAUUGGUUGAAGCAGAACCCCGGCCACAGGUUAUUUGUUGCUCUGAGCCACCUGUGGUAAAGACAGAAAUGGUGACUAUAUCAGACACGUUUGCAGCCCAGAAAACUGAGAUAGCUACAAAAGAAGUGCCCAUCGUACAUACGGAAACCAAGACCAUCACUUACGAAGCCGCACAGCUGGAUGGUAACGGCGACGGUGAGCCUGGAGUAUUGAUGACUGCUCAGACUAUCACCUCUGAAUCUCUGUGUACUACUACAACCACGCACAUUACCAAGACAUUAAAGGGUGGCCUAUCAGAGACGAGGAUUGAGAAACGCAUCGUCAUCACCGGCGACUGCGACAUCGACCACGACCAGGCACUGGCCCAGGCAAUUAAGGAGGCCAAAGAGCAACAUCCUGACAUGUCUGUUACCAGAGUGGUGGUUCAUAAAGAAACUGAACUGGCGGAGGAGGAGGAUUGACUGAACUCAGAGCUGAAGGGCCCAUCAUGACUGUUUUCCUCUGUUGACGUUGAACGACCUUCAUCACCCGACGACGACCGACCUUGACUGACGGAAGAGGAGGAGCUGAAGAACCCGAGGAAGAGAAAGACGGUUGGAGAGAAGUCACCAGUCUUUUCUAACAUGUCUGUGGUGCAUCUGAAUCCCUCACUCCAAAAACCAUUUAAAAGAAAAAGAAUCAUCUCCUCCCUCUUCCGGAGGGAACAAAAAAGAACCACUUUGUUAGAUUAACAUUUGUAGCAUGUUUUCAUUUUUUAAUAGAGCUUUUUUUUUUUGUUUAACUGAUUUGUUUUACAAAAUGAGAGAAGAUAGUGAGUCUGUCACAUAUUGCAAAAACUAGAAUUUUUAGGGAUGCACUGACAACUAGUCCUGGUGAGACACAGCUAAAAUACUUUAUCAUUGUACUGAAUAUUUCACCAGUACCAGUGACCUUCAAUGAAGCUGUAAGAUUCAAAGCAAAUUUGAGAUAUUUCUACAAACAGGAAGAUUUCAAAUGGAGACAGUUUAAAAAAAAAAAAAAUCUUUUUCUUAAUUUCUUUUCCUAAAAGUAAAUUGACACUGAGGUUCUGUGCUUGGAAUCUGUAUCAGCAGAGUUUAAGUGGUAUAGGUGCAUUCCUAAACAAAGAAAAAGUGAUUUGAGAAAUUACAGCUCCCUCCCUCACAUCUUUAAGUGGUGAGUAACAAAAUGUAACUCAGUCCUUUCUAAAGAUUUUACAGUUGCAACCACGACUGCAAGAAAAACACAGAGACACAACUUGGUUUUUAACUUUCUUUCAAAACAACACCAACAAACCGUAUCACUCAUUGUAACACAUUCACGGUCAGAGUCAGAUAGAAAUCAACUGUGUCACAUGAUCACAUUUUGUUACUAAUAAUUACAGAAAAUAUGGAGCUGCAGCGUAAAAUAUCGCAUUAAAAAAACAACCAAUUCUUUUCUUUUUUAAAUAAUUCUGUCUUUUGUUCUGUAAGUUUUGUUCUUUUUCAUCCACAUUCCUUGUGUGUCGACCGGCGGCUGAGUCGGUUCACUUUCAGUUUCAACUCGGAAAGAGGAGACAUUUUAACAUUUACAGUAGGUGAAUGAAUCUAAAUUGGAUCGUUAGAUGUUCAUAAUACAUUUUUACUGAAAGGAAAUAAGAACUGAAAGUGAACUGACUUAAACUCUGGUGUAUAUAACUUUCUGUACAGUAAAAGUAAAUGAAGGUUAUUAUAUGGGAGCAGUAAUCCAGCUUUUAAUUAGCUAAACGCUCUCCCUGGGCCCGCCCACUGUACGACACUGACCAUUCCUGCUGGGCCGCAGGGGAGCAGUAAACUGAUGCGUGAUUGGGAGAGAGGACCAGUGGACCGAGGGAUAAUUGGGAGAUAGAGGUGGCGCCGCGCAUCGUCUAAUCGGGAGUGAAAGACAAUUUGAACACUGAUGCUUGUCAGCCACUUUUUAUGUGAUUUCGUUUUCUUAUGCAUCCUGCAGUGAGUUAAAGCUGUUUUAAUAUUCUAUACCAAAAUGAGGACACACAGCAGGAACAACUUGAAACCAGUUUCUGUGCCGAAUCCAGAAUAAUGAAAUUUCUACCAGUUGGUUCAUUCUGCAUCAGAGCCUGUUUGUCGUCGCAGCUCAGCACUUAAUUUCACUCCCAGCUUCUUUUUACAUACCGACAAAACCUGCAAGACGUAACAAGACCUGGAACUCGAAUCCCCAUCUCUUCAUGUUUUUACCUUUGAGCGAGUUUAGAUAGAAGGCCACUGUGUCGCUUGGUUUGAGAGUGUGUAGCUAACAUUAUCUCGGCUCAUACAGCAAGUCUAGAUAAGUUUAUCCUCGACGUGGUGCUCGCUGUGAUGUAACUGUUUCACCGCAACCAAAUAAUUCUGCUGUGGUAAUGUGAUUUUUAUAUGUUUCAAUUUCAAGAUUUACAUUUGUACUCCACGCAAACAACACUCUGAAUCUCCCUCUGCUCGACACAAACGGAUACACACGGAAACAGUUACAACACGUCAGUAACACGCAGCUGAAAGGGAAGUGUACCAGAGGGUUUGAAGUGCUCUUGGAACCCCCUGAAUGGAAUCUUACAAUGUUUUAUUCAUUUCCUGUGUCCUUUUCACCCACAUGUUCAUCUGAAUUCCACAAAAAUGUGACUGUGUUAUAAAUAUUGGUGGCAUUAAAUGGGUAUGACCGAGAAACCCGGUCUGCUGCGUUUAGUUUGACACAGCAAAAGAAUUCUGCAAAACCUGAACGAUUGUGAACAAAGAAGUGGUACAGAUUUACAAAAACAUUCCACCUGGACUCGCCUAGAUUUAUCUGACCCCUCCUUUCUGGAUAAAGCGGCAUUUGGGAAGAAUUAUUGACUCAGUUUCCUCAUUUGAAGUUGCAUGUAUCUCUCAAUUUGAAAUCCUUUCAAAUCUCAUCCAGAUGACGGAGCGGUAACGACAGAGUCUAGGCCGGGAAACACCAGUCUGACCUCUGCUUUGCAGUCCAAUGACAUUCCGCAUGAGGGCGAACCUUUAACCUCGAACCCUCUUGCAAAGAGACAAAGCGGCAGAAGAAGAAAUAAACGUGUAACGCUGGGCAGCUUUGUGAGCUUUCACUGUUUAAACAUUUGUAGCUUUUUCUUAUCAUUUUUCUUUUAUUCUGUGAAACUGAUCUAGAUGUUGAAAGGCGGGAUUUGUUGUAACCCCCCCUGUUGAAUAUUUAUGAGAUUGUCACAGUGUGUUUUAGUGGGAUCACUGAAGGAGCACCAUUACAAAUCAAAUUUUCUGCCACCAUUUCAUGUUUUGUAAUUUUUAUUUUUUUUGCUUUUAGCCUCAGAUUGAGCCUCAUCUCGGGCGUCUGGGCUCUCAUGUGUCCGAUCACAGGAGCUUUGGGGCUGCGAGGUCGGUUUUUCCAAAAUGUUUUGUAGUGCUUUCUCGUGAGAUGAAAACAAUAUUAAAAAAAGACUGACAAAUGAAUGAGUAAUUUUAAUGUUGGAAAAAAAAGCUGCAUAAGACAGUAGUUACCACGGCAACUCCAUAAUGGAACUCAUGGAUAAGAAACAUGAUUCUACGCCAGCUGAUUUUUAAACGGUCAGGGAGCUCAACAUUAUGGAGCGACAUUGUGGUCAGAUGGAACACGUGUUUUAUAAUUGGCUUCUAUUCUCUACAUUCAAUCUCAGGCUUUAUUGAACAGUUUGGACAAAUGCGAUAAUAUAAAGUAAAACCAGCAUCAUUUUGUAUUUAUAACCAAGUAAAAACUCACUUUCAACAAAACUUUAUAAAGAAACAGAUUUUGGAAAAGCAGCCCGCUCCCUCAUUGCUCUCCCGUAGCACAACCAAUGAUCACUGGUAGGGUUUUUCUAUCUAGCAGCUUAACUGUCUUGUGUCUCCCCACACAGCCACUCCUCCCCCGUGUAACACUGUUUGAAUAAAGGAUUGUUAUACUCUCA